AGCAGCCCAAAAAGAAGAAGGAACCCUCAAAAGAAGAUGAGCCUCAGCAGAAGGAGAUGCCGACCCAUUUGUCCUUAGGAGCAGAGUCGAAGGCAGAGCUCUUUCUCUUUAAACUUCUUUAACAUGUCUUGGCUUAGAUGUUCUACUUGAUUUUCCAAAAGAAGAAGCUUCUCUGGAUAAGGAGGAGGAUAGUUAAGGGAGGUUUUAGAGGAACCAUCUGUCAUCCUGUCCUGAAGGGAGUUCCUCAUAGGUCUGGUUGGACCUUUGUAUGGCUAAAACUCCAGUUCUGGUUGAGACACAGACAGUGGACAAUGCCAAUGAGAAAUCAGAAAAACCCCUAGAAAACCAAAAGAAGCUCUCUGACAAAGAUGUGGUAGCCACCAAGAUCCAGGCCUGGUGGCGGGGCACCCUGGUGCGUCGGGCACUUUUGCACGCAGCCCUCAGCGCCUGCAUCAUUCAAUGCUGGUGGCGGCUGAUACUGUCCAAGAUUCUGAAGAAGAGGAGGCAGGCAGCGCUAGAGGCCUUCUCCCGGGAGGAGUGGGCAGCAGUCACACUGCAGUCCCAGGCCCGCAUGUGGCGCAUCCGCAGGCACUAUUGCCAGGUGCUCAAUGCUGUUCGCAUCAUCCAGGCUUACUGGAGGUGCCACUCCUGUGCUUCCCGGGGGUUCAUCAAGGGCCAGUACAGAGUCACAGCCAACCAGCUGCAUCUCCAGCUGGAGAUCUUGCUGGACUCAGGGCCUUGUAUUGUGACAGAGUGUAUUCCCUUCUCAAUAAAGGAAUGAAGUGGUCUUU